AUGGUUGAUGAGCUUCAAAUAGCUAUAUGGAGGGCGGAGCUGCUGGACAGGCUGAGGAACUGGGGCCGUUACUCGACGUACGACGGUUCAUACGACCCUCGGAGGUAUUCAGGGAAGUUGGAUGCGGUGGAACUGGAAGGCAUUAAGUUGGACGCCAUGACAGAAGAGCUGGCCCUGUCGCGAGCGCGGGAAACGGGGCGGAAGUUCGAGGCGGUGAUGACGGAGGUGGAGCUCGAGGUGAUGAGAAGGCUAGGGGGGAUCUUGGCCAAGACUGUCGACCCCGUGUUUGCCGGGACGGAGGAGGUGGCGAUAGAGGAAGAUGGGGCGGUUUGUGGGGUUUGUCAAGAAGAGAUGGAGGCAGGGGAUGAAGGAAGAAUGUUGCUUGGGUGCAUGCACAAGUUCCAUUCAGAUUGCGCUUUGAAGUGGCUGAGGGAAAAGGCCACGUGUCCCUUGUGCAGGUACCAGAUGCAAGUCAGAGAGUUCAAACUGAACAUAUGA